AUGCUAUGCAACGCUGCUCAGAUGCAAAUGACAAAUCUGAAGCUACAGGCCUUGGGAUUUCACAUCAGCGCAAGACUGUGCAAGACGUGCAUGUGUGUGGCUCUAUGUGCAGCUCUGGUUGACAUUCCGAUCUUUGUAUUUUGGUUUCAGGACUGGACCAUGGGCGAAGAUCUGCUCCUAAAAACUAUAUUCUUUUGCUGCUGUGCUGCAACUUUGCUAGUUCAGUCGUAUGGCCUCUGCCACGCAGCAAGCCGCGCUUUAUGCCUUGCGUGGCAUGACGCCGCCAUUCGGACAACAGCGGCCUGCUUAUACAUCAAUGCUGCCCUUGUGAUUCCAGGUCCUCUUCUCAGUGGGCUUGGUGCUCUCGCGUUCCAUGCACCCAGAGAUGAAAUUGAUAUCCUCCUCCUGACUGCGGAUGCGAGCCUUCAGGUCUUGAACGUGCUUCUGCUUAGUGGCCUAGUCGGCCCGCAGCAGUGGGCGCGGCCGAUGGAAGCCCUCCAGAAGCUUGCUGAGAUUCACGGCUUUGGCCUUUCCUCAAAGGCCAAGCGAAUUGCAUUCCCGGGGCGGGUGAAUCCUGCAUCCAGCAACUGCAUAGUUUCUUUUCCUGGAAAGUACAGCGAACAGUGGGACGCGGCGGUGUUGGCUGCAAACUCCCAGGAAGGUGUUUCGCUGGCUUGCGUCUUCCUGACGGACCGCGCCUCGGGCUUGGGUCAGCACGCGGACAAUCCGCACAGUUUGGGGAGCUGCUGGUGUCAUGCACUAUAUGGCAGCCUGCCGGCGAACACGUACCUGAGUGUAGUCGACGUGCAGCAGCUGCAGGAAGAACAUGGCACCCAAAGCGAGUACCAGCAAGCAUUGGACUUCAAGAAAGCGGAUGCCGUAGCCAUGGGCCAGCUGCUCCUCAUCAAGCAAGAUCAAGCACACUUGGACUGGGAGAGACAGCUGGCGGAAGCGCUGAAAGAGGCUGAGGCCCGAUGUCUGGCAAACCAUGGACGAGCUCCGUGGGGCUGCCGUUGGUUCGAAGAGUGGAGGAAGAACGCUCGCGACGCGGCAGAGCUGGGUCAAACGCUUCACGUGUUCUACUUUGAGGGCAAGACAGGCCAAGGCAAGAUUGCCUGGCAGGAGCUUUCUGACCCAAAGGUGAGAGAGAAAGUUCGAUCGUAUAGCGGUCUGGGUGCAUCGCAGACAGCAGAGGUGGCUUACUUGGACAAAGAGGGCCUGAGCUAUGUGGAGCACGACAUCAGGGAGUUUGAGAUCUUGAUGGGAGCCAGCGGGAUCACUGCGAGUUGGGCUGCGAAUCCGCCACCUUGCGAUGCGCAGGUUCAGCACUAA